GGCGAGGGAGGAGGGAGGAGGCGGAGCUGUGCCGCUCGGCCCGAGUGAUUUUUGGAUUGAAAACAAUGGGUAGAAAAGAUGCCUCUACAUCAAGGACUCCUGUUGACCAGUACAGGAAACAAAUAGGGAAACAAGAUUAUAAGAAAACCAGGCCUAUGUUAAGAGCUACAAGAUUAAAAGCAGAGGCCAAGAAAACUGCACUAGGCGUAAAGGAAGUUGCCCUUGUCCUUGCAGCUAUACUGGUAUUCUUGUUGGCUUUCUAUGCUUUUUUUUAUCUUAAUGUUUCCAAUGAAGUUGACCUUGAUCUGGACCCAGAAGAAAACUAGCAGAUGCAAUGAAUCUGUCAUCAAGAUUUCUUUAGCUUCAACAAGACUGCAUAGAAACACACGGUCCCUUCACUGUAAGACAGUCAACUAUGCCAUUUCUUGCAGUCCAAAUUCAUAAGAAAGUUUUGCAAUACGUCAGUCACAUUCCAGGUCUCCAAAAGAAGAACACUUAUGCCUGGCCAAGUGUAUUUGUCUAACACCAAAGCCAGGAGCAACAGUACAAUACAUGAAGUUUAUUGUUUACAUUAUGUUUUUCUCAGGCAGAGAACUUUGAUGUCAAAAGACAGGUGCUACUAUUAUCAUGGGUAUUGAUGCUGACUUCACAGGAGUGUCUGCCUUGACCAAAUUUAGGAAUCAGAGCUUCUUAAUAACCAAAUUCGUUUCCUGUUCCUUUCUGAAAGAAAGCAGAAAUACCAAGUAAAAAGUCUUUUCUUCAUUUGUGUUUAUAAUAUAUCAAAACACCCUCAUCCUUUCUCUCCCUUUUAAUCUUCCUUGUGCAUGCAUGUGUGCGCAUGCUUGAAGAUGGAAGAAAUGGUAG